CUCAUGAUUUACAGUUUCUUGGCAGGACCUGGUAAAAGCAUUCUGUUCCUUGCUGCACAGAUCACCUUUUCAGAUUUAUUUUUAGACUCGCUCUAACCAGCAGAAACAUGCCACUUGAGGGGAAAACAAUAGCUUUGUGAGGACAAAACAUCGUGACUUUUAAUUAUGCCGACAUUUCCUACGUUAAAUGUGCAGUAUGUUCAAAAGUGUUUUCCCUACCACGCUGGCUCUUAUUGCCGUCGUGGUCUCUCCUCUGCUGCUGGACUGUACCACAACAUGUCGGGAAUAUCAAGGAGGACAUGAACAUGAGGUUGUUGGCGGACACUGUCCUGUGAAACUGACCUCAGCCAUGUCCCAGGGUUCUGAUGGGGGUUACGCUGAGUGUGUCACUGUUCAUGUCUGGAUAAAGAGUGAUGACCUCUGUAAUGCUUUGAAGAUUGAAAUGCAUCAUUCAUCAAGAAAGGACAUAAUUAGGCCAAUGAAAAAAGGGACAAAGCGCAAAAGAGAAACGGGUGAAAGAAAAGUAAAGUGUGAAAGUAGUGUCACACAGCCGCAUGUGUGGGAACUGGUACAUGAUUGUGUCAAAGAGACAGCUAAUGAGGUUGUUACUGUGUCAUACAAAACAACAUCAACCAGCUGCAGCGUCAACUACACAAUACCAGAUCCCAUCCCAGAAUUCGAUCUGUCUGUGAACCAGUCGUCUAAAUCCAUCUUGGUGACCAUGGAGCCUGGAGACAAAGUCUAUGCUAGAUGGUGUUACCAACAAUAUGGAGAGCAAUGCGGGGACUCUGUCACCCGGCCAAUCACUAUUGAUCCAUCUCAGUCUCGAUCAGGUCUUCUUAACAUCCCUUUCCUGCUGCAUUGCGUGUGUGUACAGGUAUAUUACCAACAUUGGGAUGCCCGGCGUCAUAAAAAGUGCCCAUUUCAAAAUAAGAGCCUCACAGAUGUCAGAGAUGUCUGGCGCUCCUCUUAUGUCACACUGCAUGAGUCAAGUUUGAAGUGGAACCCCAAGUGUCCUGCCAACAAUCUGAACAUCUCUGCCUCCCUCUGCUGGAGACAAAACAAAACACUCUGCACACCUGUGCUUAACUCCACACUGGAGGAUAGGAAAGAGGGGCGAACCCUGAUAUAUUCCACAUCCGCUGUGGAUAAACACCCUCAGAUGUGUUUGCAGCUUUCACUUCAAGGCACCCAUGAAAUAUAUUGCCGCUUCGAGGCUGAUAUGUCUUCAUGGGAGGUGUAUAUGGGACCAGGCAGGCAGAGUGUGGUUUUGUUUAUAACCUCUUCAACUCCUGCAAGGUUUGCAGCUCAACUCUGUCUCCUUAAUGAGAGGGAAUGUACACCAAUGGGACAGGUCCACUCAGAGACAAUUGAAGGGAAUACAACUAAAACAAGGAUCCAUGUGCCUCUUGUUUUCUUUGCUGAUAGGCCAUGUGUGCAGGUGUGGCAGUCACACCCUGCUCUACUUGGAAGAAGAAUUCUGUGCCCGGACUACACUCAUGACAGAUGUGGCAUGUAUGCUGUGGCAGCUUUGGUAUCCAUGGUUAUUAUUGCUUUACUGGGAAUGUUUAUCCACCGUCUCAACAAGAGUGGAGCAUCAGGUUGGCUGUGUAUUCGGGAACCAGUGUUACUAGUGUGCUCAUCAGAGCAGUCGGACCACGUCUCUGCUGUGUGUGCAUUAGCCUCAAUCCUGCAGGGAGAGCUGAGUGCGGCUGUGCACAUGGCUUUGUGUGCCCAAAGUUCACAAACGAAAAAUGGGACUGAGUCUGGAACUGGAGUGGCUGAUCUGGGUCCUCUUCCCUGGCUGUAUGGGCAGUGGGAAGCCAUGCGAAAGGCUCAAGGACAAGUGCUGAUUAUUUGGAGUCCUGAAGCCACGAAGACCUAUGAAAAGUGGAGGGAGGAGAGAGCAAACAUGCAUAAGAGUGAGAGAAAAAUGAGAGAAUGUAGCAAAGAAGACGUGACACAUGAAAACAAAGUGGAAGAAGUAAUUGGAAAACGACUGGGAAAAUGCAAAAAAGAGAAAGCCGCAGGAAAAAAGCAUUGUGAUGAUAUAGACUGGUACACACAGCCCUCCACAGUGAUCGCACCAGUAUUUGCGGCUGCUCUGUCCUGCCUAGAGGGGGCGCUGCAGGAGAACAAAAGUCAAGGAGUGGCCUUUGUCUACUUCCAGAGCCUUUGCCAUAGUAGGGACAUCCCAAAGGCCUUCAGAAAUGUCCCUCGUUUCUGCUUACCGAAAGAUUUCAGAGGCUUUGUACAGGAGCUGGGUGGAAUACAAAGACAGAAAAGAACUGGCAAACUGCGGUGGCACUGCUUGCACAGACUCUUAGCUAAAGUGCAGUCAGUAUGGCUGGCACGGCAGCUAGCACAAAGACUACAGACACUGCUGCCUCAGACUCAAGGAAAGAAAACGCAGGGGUUCAGUGACACGUCAUCACUCAAAAUAAUCUCGGAUAAGACUCAUGGCAGGCUCAAGUUGCCACUGACAGCCAACAUGGCAAGAUCAGGAACUGUACAAGAGCACGAGCCUCUCCACCUGUUGCCAUGGUGAGCAGGGAAACUUUAAUCUCAGGUUUCACAUGUCUGAUGUGGACAGACUCUUGUUCUGCUGGAAACAUGAUAGGUAUACAUGAGACACAGAGGAUUGGUGUUGCCCUGCGGGUGCCUCAGAGCCAAUCACUAAAAGAAAAUAUAUAUAUUUUACUUUCUUUUUACUUUACAUUAACCUACUAAAUGUGACCUCCACCUAUCAUUUGGUAUAUUAAGAUGAGGUAAAUACUCCGUCCUGUCUCCUGCAUUUUUCCCUUUAACAGGCGCUCUUUAUGUGAACACCUGUCCUAUGACUGUAUGUAAAUAUGCUUACCAGUACAAAAACAAUUGCAAAAUAUACCUCACUUACAAAUGCUGCACAAUACAGGAACUGACAAAUUUGCAUAGGAUUUUCAGCCUAAGCGGUCACAGUUGGAAAGAGUGCAACAGGUGAAAACAUUAAGCGGUAUCUACCCAAGUGUGCUCGAGCAUUUGACAGUAAAUGAAGUUGCCAUGCACUGCAGGUACUGCUGUUAGUAUAGUAGAUAGUUAUUAUUAAAUAUAUGUACACAAACUUCCACCUAAAAACAAAUAUGAACUUGUCAAUGUUUAGUUUGCUUUUUAACUCAGGCAUACAGCACUUGUCUGUUCGGCAAACAUUUCAUCUCCACUUGCAGAAGCACGAUUUCAACACUGUUUGCAUUGGAACUUUAUGUCUGUAAGAUAAUAAAAAUGCUAUUUAUAUAUAGGAAAGGAAUUUCUUUUGCCAAAAAAUAA